CUGUGUGCUUUUGUGGUUGUGCCACGGCAACCAGAGGGAAUGGAGGAAUUCUCCGUGUCUAUAACCGAGGCAGCGUGUCUUGGGGCCAGCCUCGCCUUGUCAGGCAUCUUCUAUUACCUCCAUAAAAAAAGCAGAACAACAGUCAAGAAACUUGAUAAUGCUCCACACUUCGCUCUAGACGGAAAACUCAAAGACCUUUUGAAAGUUACUCCAGGAGCGUGUUUGCGAUAUGCUGUCAUUGAAGGUACUGUGAAACCAGUAGGUGAGCCUCUGACGAGUCACUUCCAUAAAGAAAUAUUUGGUGUGUUACAAAAAUUCAUCCUGAAGGAACACAGGCUGGUGUGGAGCGGACUUUCACGCACAUGGUUGGACACUGAACGCGUUUUACAUGAAAGAGUGAAUAUGGUGCCCUUUGUAUUAGCUGGAUCCGAUGAGACCACAGUGAAAGUCGUGUCCCCUCUUUACGCAGCUGGAAACCACACAGAGAUCACCAAUGAGAAAUUUCAUCAGGCUACGUUUGGUUUUGGAGAGCUUGUAGGACAAUACCUCAGUGGGGAGAAGCCUAAAGGUCUUCUGGAGCUCGAGGAAAUGCUCAAAGUAGGAACAACUCUUACUGGUGUUGGCGAGGUAAUACUGGACACAGAUGGUAAUCUGAGUCUUCGACCCCCUUCUGAUGGCUCCCAGUACUUCUUGAGCAUGGCAGAUUUUGAAACUCUGCGACGAGAGAACGACAACAUGGCUGCGUGGUGGAAAGUGCUGCUGGUUGCCUCUGCUUUGGCGGGCUCAGCGGUCCUCUUCUGGGCCGGACUGCGCUACUACCGUCACCUCAAAGUCCGCUGGGAGCGGGAGAAGGAAAACAGGGAAUUUGUGAGAAGGCAGAAUCAAGACGCUAGACUACGCUCGGAUGGGGCCGAUGAAGACGGGGCAGACGAUGGCUCGGGGAAUGCCUGUGUGAUCUGUCUCAGUCGCCCUCGAGACUGUAUCCUGUUGGACUGUGGGCACGUGUGCUGCUGCCACGCCUGCUUUAGGGCCCUGCAUCAUCGCAAAUGCCCCAUCUGCAGACAGGACAUUGUCAGAGUGCUGCCUUUUUACCAGCCCUGA